AGUGCAGCCCCAGCACACCGUCUCGCAACCAUCGAACAUGUUUUUUUCAGUCCUGUGUACAGCUAUCAGCAUAACAGCCGUGGUCGGGUACCCGGAAUUUAAAUCUAAGAUACCCAACGGCAUCAGCGUGAAUGACCCCUGUGGGCGGGGCGAAUGGCAUGGAGUCGGACAUUACCUCAUGGGUGGAACCGGACAACUGAACCCUUUUGGAGAGGUAACGUGCUGCUCUAUAUAUAUACAUUUAAAAAUCACACCCAUUUAGCUGUUAAGUAUUUAUCACCAACUUUCACCGGGUGUAUAACAAGGUCAAAGUGUUCAUACGUCAUAGAUAGUCUAUAAAAUAACUACGAAUUAAAUAAACAUAAUUAAAUAUAAAUUAGGUACUCUUUUUUUCUGCCCACCCCUCCUUUUCCACCACUCCUAUGUUGAGGGUGAACUGAUGUUUCUAGACAUCUAAGGGGCUCGACUAUGCUUUCUAUUAUUAGUUAAAACGAAGAGAAUUGUUGAUAGGUUUGCAUAAGUCAAACUGGGGAAAAGCCAAAUGAAUAUUUUAAAUUGGUUAAUAACAAACAGACGAGACAUGCACAAAAGAAAAGCGUAAUUGAGUUGAAACUGAAAUAUCCGCAACAUGAAUUACCAUUUUGUUUUGUCUUCAUACGCCUGCUAUCAGAAAGCACAAUGAGCUCUCUAUCCUAACAAAUGAUCGUUGCAAUUUAAAUAGCUAUAAUUACCGACUGAAUUAGGUGUCUACGUAAUCUUUAAUGGCAUCUCUGGUCAAUGUCACAUCCCAUGUUAAAGCUAACCCUAACCUCUUGUCAAUAUCACAUCCCAUGUUAAAGCUAACCCUAACCUCUUGUCAAUAUCACAUCCCAUGUUAAAGCUAACCCUAACCUUUUGUCAAUAUCACAUCCCAUGUUAAAGCUAACCAUAACCUCUUGUCAAUAUCACAUCCCAUGUUAACGCUAACCCUAAUCCUAACCUCUUGUCAAUAUCUCAUCCCAGGUUAACGCUAACCCUAACCCCUUGUCAAUACCACAUCCCAUGUUAACGCUAACCUUAACCUCUUGUCAAUAUCACAUACUAUGUUAACGCUAACCCUAACCUUAACCUCUUGUCAAUAUCACAUCCUAUGUUAACGCUAACCCUAACCCUAACCUCUUGUCAAUAUCACAUCCUAUAUUAACGCUAACCCUAACCUCUUGUCAAUAUCUCAUCCCAUGUUAACGCUAACCCUAACCCUAACCUCUUGUCAAUAUCACAUCCCAUGUUAACGCUAACUCCAACCUUUUGUCAAUGUCACAUCCCAUGUUAACGCUAACCCUAACCUUAACCUCUUGUCAAUAUCACAUACUAUGUUAACGCUAACCCUAACCUUAACCUCUUGUCAAUAUCACAUCCUAUAUUAACGCUAACCCUAACCCUAACCUCUUGUCAAUAUCACAUCCCAUGUUAACGCUAACCCUAACCCUAACCUCUUGUCAAUAUCACAUCCCAUGUUAAAGCUAACCCUAACCUCUUGUCAAUAUCACAUCCCAUGUUAACGCUAACCCUAACCUCUUGUCAAUACCACAUCCAAUGUUAACGCUAACGCUAACCCUAACCUCUUGUCAAUAUCACAUCCCCUGUUAAAGCUAACCCUAACCUUUUGUCAAUAUCACAUCCCAUGUUAACCCUAGCCCUAACCUCUUGUCAAUACCACAUCCCAUGUUAACGCUAACCCUAACCCUAACCUCUUGUCAAUGUCACAUCCCAAGUUAACGCUAGCCUCCUCCGUUCCAUACUCUGGGCGCUAUAUAUCCUCUGCAAUCACGGAGUCCAUUAUUUACCCAGCCUGGUAAAUUAAAAAUAAAACCAUAUUUUCUAGCUUUAAUAAAGGUUCAAUUAUGGAUAAUGCGUUAUAAAAGGUAACGAUAAAUUGGUCCAGCCCUUGCGGUUUAAGACAACUUGUUAGUGCCGAUGAUAACAAUGAAUCGGUGAGGGACUUGCGGUUUAAGACUACAUAUGAGACUUGAGAGUGACACUGAAUUCGAGGUUUCAGACAAUAUAAACUUCUAGACUUGAGGAUAACAAGUCAAAAACACGUGACCGUCAAUCUUAGCUUAAAAGAAACUGGACCAGAUAAUCAUUUAGCAUAAUCAUCCAUUUGACCCAGACGCAUUGUCCGAAUUGGUUUUCUCAGCAAGAAGUAUUUUUAGGGAAACUUGAGACUUGUGGAUUAAAUUUUAAAAAGUAAUUGGCAUUUUUGUCUCUUCCAGCCCCUGUUUAUUAUUGAUCAUUAACAACUAAAGAUUGUCAAGGUGAAUAAACAUUUUAUAUUGCGGCAUGAGCAGUCACUCGAGAACUCCUAGAGAGAAAAGGUCAAGAAAUAAAAGAGCUCUUUUUAAAAUCGAACCCUGUUUUCACUUUUUUUUUUCAUAUCGAAACACAAACAGGAAGUAAAAUUUGAUUGAUCUGGGUAAAUCUGUUUUUUUUCUUCUUUCUUUUUUUACCUUCGCUGUUGACAAGUCUCAUUAAAAAAAUAAAGUGGUCAUCAGUAUGGCAGUUUCAAGCGUUCUCCCCUGCGGGCGUAACACGAUCUUCCUUGAUUGAUUUACCCAUUUUACUUUUACAUAAUAUUUGUUCAAAGAGGUAAUGACAGAAAUACAAAGUAGAAGGACCAACUUUCACGUAUAAGCAAAAUAAAAAAAAAAAAUCAGUCAUUACUUAGGGUUACGAAAUGACCGUGAAAGAAAUGACCGUGAAAGAAAUGACCGUGAAAGAAAUGACCGUGAAAGAAAUGACCGUGAAAGAAAUGACCGUGAAAGAAAUGACCGUGAAUAAAUUAUCAUUUUUUGAAAUGACCGUUAAUAAAAAACAUUUUAAAAAAUUGAACAUAAUUAAAUGAGUGGGAGAUGCUGAUCUUCUAUCGAGCGCCUCCCCAGCCGGCGGAUAGGGGAAAGCCCGCCAGAUAUGAAGGGUACCGGGGAAAUAAAAUACCCGGGGCGGACCAAAAUCAGCCCUACUGCUUUGUAGGAAGUGGAGGGAUCCACAAAGGCUAGGGACCUAACCCGAACAAAGGCAGCUACCCAUUGAGCUGUGAGGGGCAACCCCCCAAGUGGUUGUGCGCAAGGCCAACAACCCUGCCAUGUAAAAAUGCUACCCCUUGGGCUGUGAGGGGCAACCCCCCCCCCCCAAGUGGUUGUGCGCAAGGCCAACAUUUAUGAGUGCCUCAUUUAUAUAUUGAAAAAAAAAUGAGUGGCAUGGUGUAUCUAUAUGCCUAUCCUAGAGGGGGGGGGGUGGUGCUUUUGUCGCGUUUGUGUGUCCACGGCCAUGGUUCAAUGAUUGCUCUACUCUUAAUGAAGCCAGAAGAGUUGGGUCCGCCAAAGAACCACAGAAAAAUUGUCUUGUCUGUCAGCUGAUUGAGGGCGUCGUUUGAGGUGCCUUCCUCAUACCAUCCCCGCAUCACUCGAUGUCUGUGUGGCGUUGGCUCAACAUGGCUCAGAUGGUCGCACUGAAGUUGAAACACGUUAUUCGAGUCAGGACAGACAGCAGCCAUGUCAAUUCAACCCCAAUUAUGGUUAUUUUUAACAACAGCUUUGUCGAACCAACCACAUUUAUGAUGGAUUCAACGACAGCCUUGUCAAUUCAAUCAACCUUUUAGAUAGUGUUGAAAAAUAAAAAGUAUCUUUUUUGACUAUACAUUUCAACUUCAAAAAAAAAAAAAAAAGCUUUUGUCAAAGUAAGAUCGACCUUGACCUCAUCCCUACAGAACAAUGAAUUAUUUUAACUGCAAUGUGUUCCCCCACCCCUACCCCCAACCCCAAAACGUUUCUCGUCUACAGGAUUUUGCUGCUGGUGGCUUUGUUUGGACAUAUGAGCUGUGUAAGAAAGACUCGGACUUUGAUGGCAAGACCAAUGGCGAAGAGCUUGGAGACCCUUUCUGUCACUUCACUAGCCUGAAGCGGAGAAAUCUGGGCCGGGCUAGAAGUCACCCAGGUAAACUCCAUCUCCAACUAAAUCUCUUGAAUUAAAGCUUGUUAUCAUGGAGCCUACGUAAUCACUGCUACGAUACGGUAUCCAUGCUCUAUGAGCACUAGCAGAAAAUGUGCAGUUUUGAUGUUGAAAUUACGUUAAAAUUUUCUGUUUCAAAUUUUUAAAUUGACUACCCUAUUUUCUAUAAAGCCUGUAACCAUUUGAGUUUCAAAGGGAAGAAACUUUGCCAGUGGGUAUACAUCAUCAGUACAUUACUUGACAUAACAUAGGGAAUAGGAUGGCAAAGUUGUUUCUUUAGAAGGAAUUUCUUAACCUGAUUUCUAAGAAAAAAACAAAGAAACGAAAAAAAAAUUAAAAAAAAAUAUAAUUUUCAUUAACAAACUUUCUCUUACCGUUUUUACACUCAUAAGCAUUAACACUUCUAAAUUACUUUAAAAAGAAAAAUUAAACUUAAACUCAUCCGUAGGAUGUGUUAAUAUUUCGCACACUUUCGCAGAUCUGUGCAAAAAAAAAAAAAUGCGCAUUGCAAAUUAACGAGGUUCCAAUGAAAAAACUUCACCAAUCCGGGACUUCCCGAUACGUGAAAAAUGAAUGACACAAUUUUAAGGUAUUACUGUAGUCAUGCGAUUAAUUGUAUUUCCUCAUUCUCAUCACUUCCUACAGGUAUUUGUGAGCCGAUUGGUAGCCCUAAUUGUGAAUGGCAAAGAUUCUCAUGCCCAAAUGUGUCUGUGUAAAUAAAAAUGUAAUGGAAUAAAGAUCACCACGUUUUAACA